AACAAAUUGAAUAACAAUUCUCUGAGGUCAUUACAUUAGUUUGAGCUUCUACAUACUAACAGUUCAAGCAUGUCAAACUAUUUUCUCUCAACAGAUCAACAGAGGAAUCAUUCUGACAAACACAGGGAUUCAACCUCAAUUAUGUUUGAAAAGACUGAAGAUGUUUUAAAGGAAGAGCAGCAUUCUGUCAUCAUUUACUCAUCAUGUGACUUUCUUCUGUGGAUCACAAAAGACAUUUAGAAAUUCGUACAAAUAUUUCUUCUUUGGUCCACUUGUAUAGACUAUAUAUACAAACACUGAGAUUAAUCUGAUAGAAACAUCAGGCCCAAUACAAACAGACACACAUGAACUCAACACACUGAAUACAGAGACAAAUGUAAAUGUGUAAAUACAGGAGGAGCUCUGACAUCACUGUAGUUCAGAUUCAGAGAAAGUGAAAGUAACUUGAUCAACAACAACAUGAACACCUGAAACGAUCAACCUUUUUAAACAACAGAAUAUUUAUUGAGCCGUUCAGAGAUCCUUGUGGACACAUCUGAUACUCACAGUCUUGAAGAAGGAAAGAACAAUGGCAGAAUCUUCACCAACAUCAAUAAAAGCAAGAAAAACCAGGAGACGGAGUGUUGACUCUCUUCCUCCAUCGAUGUCAUCCUCCAGCGGUCCACUGACUAAGGAGCUUCAGUGCUCGAUAUGUCUGGACGUGUUCACUGAUCCAGUCAGCACUCCAUGUGGACACAACUUCUGCAAGACCUGUCUGAAUAAGUGCUGGGACAACAGCCAGACCUGCAACUGUCCAUAUUGUAAAGAAACAUUCAAGAUCAGACCUGAUCUCAAGAUUAAUACCACACUCCGAGAGCUCGUAGAUCACUAUAAAAAGAAAAGUCCUGAGAAAAGACCUGAAGUUCUAAAAAAACCUGAAGUUCUGUGUGACUUCUGUGAGGAAAGAAAGCUGAAAGCCCUGAAGUCGUGUCUGGUGUGUCAGAGCUCUUACUGUGAAACUCACCUGGAGACUCAUUUAAGAGUGGCAGGUUUAAAGAAACACAAACUGAUCAAUCCUGUGAGGAAUCUGGAGGACUAUAUAUGUCAGAAACAUGAGAGACCUCUGGAGCUGUUCUGUAGAGAUGAUCAGACAUGUGUGUGUCCGAUGUGUGCUGUGAAAGACCACAAGAACCACAACACUGUUCCUAUAGAAGAAGAGAAUGAAGAGCAGAAGACUCAACUGAUGAAGACACAGAAAGACGUGCAGCAGAUGAUCCAGGACAGAAUCAAGAAGAUUCAAGACGUCAAACACUCAGCAGAAGUCAGAAAAAGAAACACAGAGAAGGAGAAAGCAGCCCGUGUUGAGCUCUUCACUGAUCUCAUCCGCUCCAUUGAGAGAUGUCAGACUGAACUGCUGGAGAUCAUGGAGGAGCAGCAGAAAGCAGCAGAGAAACAGGAGGAAGAGCUCAUUGAAGAGCUGGAGCAGGAGAUCACUGAGCUAAAGAUGAGAAACACUGAGCUGGAGCAGCUCUCACACACUGAAGAUCACCUCCACCUCCUACAGAUUUACUCAUCCCUGUGCAGCUCUAGAAACACCAGGAACUGGUCUGAGAUCAGUGUGAAGACUGACGAGAGUCUGGAGACUCUGAGGAGAGCUCUGACUCAACUGCAGGACACUCUACAGGAGAAACUCACACUAACUGAUCUGAAGAGGAUGCAGCAGUAUGAAGUGGAUGUGACUCUGGAUCCUGAUACAGCUCAUCCUGAACUCAUCCUGUCUGAUGAUGGAAAACAAGUGAGACAUGGAGACAUUAAACAGAAACUCCCAGACAAACCAGAGAGAUUUGAUAGAUAUCCAAUUGUCCUGGGAAAGGAGGGAUUCUCCUCAGGGAGAUUUUAUUUUGAGGUGCAGGUGAAGGGAAAGACUGACUGGGAUUUAGGAGUGGUCAGGGAAUCCAUUGACAGGAAGGGAGAGAUCACAGCGAGACCCAGUAAUGGAUUCUGGUCUGUGCGGCUGAGGAAUGAGAAUGAAUAUAAAGCCUGUGCUGAUUCUCUCGUCUCUCUGUGUCUGAGAGUGAAGCCGCAGCGGGUCGGUGUGUUUGUGGAUUAUGAGGAGGGUCUGGUCUCCUUUUAUGAUGUGGAGUCCAGCUCUCAUAUCUACUCUUUCACUGGUCAGUCUUUCACUGACAAACUCUAUCCAUAUUUUAGCCCAGGCAUUAAUGAUGGAGGUAAAAACUCAACUCCACUGAUCAUCACACCUGUCAAAUACAAUAAAUGAAUUUACACCCCAAUAUGAAUUAGGAGAUGAAAGUUGUAAGGUUGAAAAUAUCCAAAGAUAUUUUAAAAUAGACAAAGAUGUUUGCUUUGCUGUCUCAUCCCCCGCUCUCUCUUUAUUUUACAUUUGGAAUUCCAAAAGUCAAAGAGGUGCUGAUAGUGAUCAAGGCCUGUACAGGUCGAGAUGUGUGUACAUCAGGGGUCAAUGAACUGUCACACCUUUAGUACAGUGGGGGAAAUUUUAAUCUUCUGAUUGGUCAGUUUGAAUGUCUUACAUUUGAGUUUCAGUCACAUGGUCAAGGAAGAGAUAAAAGAAGAUUGUAACUGUUGCUCUAACUCUUCUUUUUCUGGUCUCUUUCUUUAUUUUCUGUCUCUUCUUUUCGCUGGGUCUUCAUUGCUCUGGCUCUUUCUCUCUUCUCUUUUCUAAAGUCUCUCUCUCUUCCUCUCUCUCAGGUAACAUUUUAAAUAUAUGCUGGGUACGAUUAGUAGAUAUUGUCAUUAAACCCUUUUUAAAUACAAAUGAUGUGCUAACUAGUUUUGAUUCAGUAUUAACUUUGAAGUGCUACACUCUAAAGAAAAAUGGUUCUAAACAGUACCAAAUUAGGGUUCUUCAGCUUGUUACAAUAACAAAACCCUUUUUAUAAGGUUCCAUAAAGAACCUGCUUUAAAAGUGCUUUAUAUGACCUUAAUGGUUUUAUAAAUAACCUCUUUAAUAUGUUUAUUUUCAUUAUUAUUAGCAUAUUAAUAUCUUUAUAUAAUUAAUUUUAGUAUCAUAAUAUUAAUUUUUAUAUAUUAUUUUUUUUUAUCAGCCUGUUCUUAUGUGUUGUAGCCUCUCAUAGGGUUUAGAUUAAAAAAAACAACAACAUAUUUUGUCAAUUAUGUAAUUUUAAUUUUUUUAUUGACAUAAUUGUAGCAAAAAUGUGUGACAACAGUUAUUAGCUGAAUACAUUAAUAAAUGGCAACUCACACUGAACAUGAAUAAAUACAUAAGGAAGUAAAACAAAUUAGAAAGAGCAAGUUCCAGUGAAAUAUCUUCACAAUCCUCGAUGAUGUCUGAAGUUCAUCAUUUUGGUGUCAUUGAUGUCGGUUUCUCUCUGCAGAUGAUGAGGUUAUGAGAUCAUGUGACAGCAUCUGAAAUACACAACUGAGUAUAGAGUUACAGUCUGUCUUUUCCAUUUGUUUCUGUAAAAAUAAUUAUGUUUAUGAAGGCAAAAGUAGCAAAAAUUGACAGUUAUGUAAGCCCUUUACAAUGUAAAAAAGGAAAAGUGAUAUAAAGUCAUGGGACAGCUUUAAUGCUUGUUUGUUUUUUUGUUACUGGGUAUGUUUAUGCAUAAAGUAAUAAUUAAAAAAAUCAAUAUGGAUCAUAAAGUCAUUAUCUCUGUUACUUGCUUAGAGGAGAAGUGGAGAGAAGAACCCUUAACUGAACAGAGCUGGUCAUUCCUAAAUGUUCUGAUAAACUAAAAAGUGAAAAAAAAAAAAAAAGUUACAAAUUUAAAGUUCAAAUUUACAGACAUUUUAAGAAAGAAAUCAUUUACCUGUUGAGAGUGUGUUGACAGUCUGUGUAGUUUGAUGGUUGAGCUCCAGAAAAUCUGUAAUGAAGUGACUGACAGUUACAGAUUUGAAAAACAAAAAGGCGGGAAUAAAGAACCCUAAAGUCGAACACAAAGAACCAUUUCAGCAUAUAAAGGGUUCUUCAGGACGAUACGGUUCUAAAUAGAACUGUCACUAUGUGUAAAGAACCUUUAAAGAACCAUCUUUUUUUAGAAUGUAGCUAUUGUAAUACAGUAUCGUCACACUAUAGCAACACUGUCCCACAUAUUUUGCUAUUGUAACUGCGCUUAUUUCUGUUGUUGGUAUAAGUAGUAGUGGGUGGUGAUAGACAAGAAAUGUACAGUUUUCUACCAUCUUUCUGAUAAGGUUUCUGUAGUCAUUUGGAAAUCCUGCAGCCUGAACCCCAUAGGCGCACCACCUUUACAAAGUAAUGAUCCUAAUAAUUAAAUCUGAAAACAUAAUGUAUGUGCUGCUAUACAUUUUAAAUGAAAAAAAAAAAAAAAAAAAAUGCUUGUUCAAUAAAUGAUUUUUUCCAUUAAUAUUUGUUUCAUAAUUUCAUGCCAUUUUUUUCUCCCAUCUCAACUCAACAAAGUGAAACUGCCUGUAAAAAAAAAAAAAAACUAUAGUAAUAUGAAGUAACCUCAAAUCUGACUUUUGAGGCAAGAUGUCAUUUAAACCUGAGUGACCAAAUACUGUGUGUGAAACAAAUACAGUAUUACAAGAGAAAAUGUGCUUUGAUCAGUUCUAAUGGAAAUGUUCUUACACGAAGUACACAUAAAAUAUACUUUGAGAAAGAGUAAAACAAGUAUGCUUUCUGUAAAUACACUAAAACUUCACUUAAAGUAUGCUUGUGUUAAGCAUAUUUCUUAAAAAACAUUACUAAGAAUAGUUAUUACCAAAGUACUUAAACUUUUUAGAAAUAUAUUAAAAAAGACAGAGUUUGGCAAGGAAAGAGUUACGCCGACGGAGCGUUUGCCACCUGACUUGCCGUUGAAGAAGGCAAAAGUAUGUUUUCUCAGAAGAAGGUUUCACAAGAACUUUCAAUCCAAAUCAUGCAUCAUAAAAACACAAGAGAGGCUAUUUGAGCCCUGCAGGUAGUGGGCGGUCAGGGACCGCAGUAAACCCAGGACCUGCCAGAUCCAGUUCUUCAGCCCAGGGGUUUUGGGAACGGAGCGGUCCCGCAGAUAAGACCGGCCUCUCCAUCCAUUUCCUCUCGCCCUCCCAGCACUCCAGUCGAGGAUAAUUUCCUCUCACUCUGUUGUCGGAGAUCUGCGGAUAAACU